UAAGUAUUCGAUCAUGAGGAGUGCUACGAGAUCCGGUGUAGAUACAAUUAGUGAUUUGCCUUGUAAUGUUCUGGAUGGAAUAUUAGGGUGCUUGCCUCUGAAAGAUGCAGUGAAGACUAGUAUCUUGUCAAGAGACUGGAGGUAUAAAUGGGUUACACGUCAAGAACUUGAGUUUGAUUAUCAAUUUUUUGUGACGUAUUCAUGUAAUCAAGCUAAGGCAAUCAUUUACCAAGUCCUAUUACGCCAUAAAGGACCAAUACUUAAGUUUAGUCUUGGGAGCUCUAACAUGACAAUAUAUCCUGAUAUUGAUCACUGGAUACGUUUCUUGUCAAAGAAAAAUGUUCAAGAAUUCACCCUUUGCGGAAACGGCUUACACAACAGAUAUCAUUUACCUUCUCACUUUUUCACGUUCCAUCACCUAAGGCAUCUGAAAGUUGAUCGAUGCUCGUUCCAUCCUCCACCCGAUUUCAAAGGGUUUGAGAAGCUUAUUAAUCUUGACCUUCAUUUUGUCACUUUUGAUCCAGCAAUACUUAGGAAUCUUAUUUUCAGAUGCCCAUUGCUUGAAAGAUUGACGUUGAGAUGGUGCACAAAUUUUGACACCCUUGAAAUUGAUGCACCUAAUCUCAAAUGCUUUGACUUUAGAGGAAAUUCAAAGUCCAUUUGCUUCAAGAACGCCCCUAUGCUCGAGAAACUUAUUGUGCAUCUCAAUUCACGAGUUUCGAUGGUUGCAUCUCCUGUUUGUUCCAAUAUUACAAAGUUCUUCUGUCACAUGCCAUGCCUAAUGCAACUGGAUAUAAGUGGUCAUUUAUUGGAGUACUUAACAAUGGGAGGUCUGCCGGAGAAUCAUCUGACUGCUCUGAACAAUGUCAAAUCUUUCAGUGUUCGGGCAAUGUUCUUCAGAAGCAUUAAACAUGUUUCAGGUGUUAUUUACUUGAUUAAAAGCUUCCCCAAAUUACAAAAGUUGACUAUUGAAUGUGGAAUGAAAAGCGAAGCUGUGGAACCUGUUGUACAAUACUUACAAGAACAAUCAAGCUUGUGUGGUGCUGUGAAGCUGCUUCAAAAAGUACAUAUGAGUAUGUUUAGUGGUCUUGAGGUGGAAAUGGAAUUUCUGAGGCUUAUAUUAGCGUCUGCACCUGUACUUGAGGAAAUUUCCGCUUGGAAUUAUGAACAUCUCCUUUGUCUGUCGGGUAGAGAAAUUAAGGAUGAGAUGAAACAAUACCAACGAGCAUCUCCCAGUGUUAAAUUCAUAGUUGAUGAAAUUGUGGUAGAAGAUGCUUUACCAUGAGUUGA